UAAUGUUAGCUACAUGUAGUAAUAAAUAAAUUGGCUACAUUUCAUUAAAUUGACAAUUCUGUGAACUGUCUUUUGAAAGUUUUCAAUUGACACAAUACCUGUUAGCAAAGGUGUCAGCUGGAGAUGAUGUGCAUGAGCUUGCAGGGAUGAUGUCUACUUCGAUACUAAUUAACAUUUUAGAAUCUAGAGUAAAUAGAACAGAAUAUAUUAAUAAAAGUCACCUUGUCCGAGAGAGAUUACAUGGUUACCAAAACAUCACCCGAGGGUAAGCCUACACGAAACACACCCCUUAUUUUAAGUGUUUCUAAAAUUCUCUAUGGGAAAAAUGAAUGGUUUAAAAAUGAUUGGAACCAUUUCCCUGUUGGACCGAUAGGUGUUAUAUGACACCUCCACUGCUCUAUUUUCUUCAAUGUUUUGAUGGAAAAUUUGCAGGGCUGAUGUUACAAGAUGGUACCCUUGCAGUUAAGAGUGUUUGGCCAGUAACCAAAAGGUUGCUGGUUCAAAUCUAUUUUAUUGAUUUAUUUAUUUUAUUUCACCUUUAUUUAAUGAGCUGUGAGCUGACUAGGUGAAAAAAAUAUCAAUUUUUUAUUUCAUUUUUAAUUUUAAGUAUCCUUGAGCAAGGCACUUAACCCUAAUUGCUCCUGUAAAUCGCUCUGGUUAAUGGCGUCUGCUAAAUUACAAAAAAUAAAGAUGGACCACGAGAGGGCGCAUGAGGCUGUUGGAUGAGGGACUAAGUUUUGACAUCCAGUACAGCAGGUGGCAGUAACGCACCUUUCUCUGUCAUGUCAAGCUGGCAGAAGGAUAUAUCUACUGUACUGUCGUUGACAUAUCUGUGUGUUCAAUUUCAUCCGUUUUUUUGUUAAAAAUUUAACAUAGCGGUUAAUAAUUAACUACCAAAUACAAGAUGUGGCAGCCCGAUCCUUUCCACAAUGAUUUGGUCUCUAUUAUGGAUGAAUUAAUCAUGUCGUUGGAAGAGGAAAUUUGCAAAUGUAUGGCGUUGUCGGUCUCCUCAACACAAUACAGCACAGACAUUGAUGCAGGAGAGACAGGGGAAAUUGAAAGAAAAUCCAAGUUGCUAAAAGUCGAGUUGACAUGUGUGAUGAAAAAGUUCGUGAAACAGACUCUCGCCAAAAUCAACCAGUUGAUCUCUAAAGGCACUGAAGCACUGCGUUCAGAGAUAUGCCAGAGUCAAAGUGAGAUGAAAUCUCUGAAAAUGAAGCUAUUGGAGAUGACUGUUGGUAAGAAAGUACCUGAAAAUACAGUGGAAAGAACCUCACAGACAGAGGAAGAGGAGGAAUGUACGGAAGCACCAUUAUCACCAGAGUUUGCAGAGGAUUUUCAGGUUGACGUGCCAACUCCCAGUGGUGAGGCUGACAACACUACAAAUGUCAAGAAGGAGACCACGAUCAGAGCUAAAACCAUAGCGUUGGAACAGUCAUUUACAUCUCUAGCUAAAAUACCUUCCUCCUCACUCAUUGAGUCUAUCAAGCAGGUGGCUAUUACAGACAAACAGGCAGCAAGCAGGCCUACAGAUGAUCAGGCCCCAAGUACAGACCCCCAAACUCCCAGUGGGGACUCUGUGGUGUCCAGCAGACCCAGGAGGAAGAAGAAGAGAAUAGAAGCGCAACCCACAGCGGCAGAAUCAGACGGAAGUGAGGAAAACGCUGAUGACCAAUGGGAGGAGAAUGCUAAAGCUGGACAAACCUCGAAUGACGAAUAUGUUCACAACAUAAAGCCAAGGUCCAACAUAAAGAAAAAACAGACUACCACCACCAGGAAAGAGCACCACUGUCUGGACUGCGGUAAGAUUUUUAAGAAUUCAAGUAAUUUAAAACUGCAUCAACAGACUCACACAGGAGAGAGACCUUAUUGUUGUGAAUUAUGCGGGAAAUGUUUCCCGACUGCUUGGAAGCUCAGAAUACACCAAGCAGUGGUCCACAGAAGAGAGAAGCCGCUUGAGUGUCCAACAUGUGGGAAGUGCUUUGCAACAAAGAGUUAUUUGGACACUCACGCAAGCGUUCAUUCAACAGAGAAACCGUUCCGAUGCCUCGUGUGUCAGAAGUGUUUUAAAAGUAAAAAGGGCUUCAAGGAACACACAAUGUUGCACAAUUCAAAUUCAGAUUCAUAUGCGUGUGACAAAUGUCCAAAAACUUUUGUUAAGUUGAAAUACCUCAAGAAUCACCAGCUAACUCACAGUGGGGGAGGAGCUCAUCGUUGUGAAUUGUGUGGGAAAGGUUUCAAGACUCCUUCUCAGCUCAAACAACACCAAGCAUCAGUCCAUAGGGGAGAGAAGCCAUUCCAAUGUUCCACAUGUGGGAAAUGCUUCGCAACAAAGACAAAUUUGAAAAUUCACACAAGUGUUCAUUCAGGAGAGAGAGCAUUCCAGUGCCCUCAGUGUCAGAUGUGUUUCAAAACCAAGUAUACUCUUAAUGCCCAUAAGAAGACACACACGGACUCCAAGCCAUAUGCUUGCGACAAAUGCCCAAUGACCUUUAUCCGGUCACAUUACCUCAGAAGGCAUGAAAUCUCGCACCUGACCAGCAAGCCAUUCAUGUGCAGCCACUGUGGGAAAGGCUUCAAAGGUGAACGUGGGCUCAAGGGACACGAACGCACCCACACCGAAGACCCAACUUAUACCUGUGACGAAUGUGGCAAGGGUUUCUAUCAACACGAAUCGUUUCAAGUCCAUGCGGCCUUGCACACCGGAGAGAAGCCGUUCACCUGUGAUUGCUGCAGUAAAAACUUUGCUCUGGCGUCCUACCUUAAAACCCACAUCGCAAAUCAUCACUCUGUCACCAAACCCCACGUCUGUGGGAAAUGUGGCAGGAAAUAUAAGGAUUUCACCCAUUUCAGAAUCCAUAUGUUUCAGGGUUGUCAAGAGGAGGCUGCAGCGUUGGUUUGACGACAUAUUGUUGUAUAAGUAUAUGUUGUAUAAGUUGUAAAAUGUUAUGUUUUCACUACAAACAUGCAUGUUUCCUUGCACAGUACCAAUAACAUUUCUUUUGAAUAGAUUGUUUUUUAUGUCUACAGACCUGGCCAGUAAUAAAAACCUUACCAGGGGAUCUAUAACCCUCUCUUAAAUUGCACCUCUGGUUGGAUGCAGGUUAAAGGCACAACCUGUAACUUUCAUUCUGACAAUGCUUUGUCAUUCAUUGUUAUUUUGGAAUUGUGAUUAAAGUUGUAAUGUUCUUGUUUCACUACAAA